AUGAGUAACAUUAUCAUUGAUUUAGAGAAACUAGACGACUAUAAGGAAGGGACUGGACACACCAAUAAAUUUUGCACCAUUAGAAUCUUUGCCCAAUAUCAAGGCAUUGCUCCCGACACUACUAACAGUGUAUCUCCAAAGCUAAGGUUUACUACUGUCCCAUACUUCAAUAACAAAGAAUCCUGGAACAAAUAUUACCAACUUCAUAUUGAUGAGGGAUGCUAUCACAGUCAGCUAAUUGAGCAGUCUCCUCCACAGGAAGGUGAUGUGCUUGACUUGCGGUGUGGUGUUCAAUAUGGGAAUAUUGAGAUCCUUCAUUUUAAGAGGAUUACAGUGAAAGAGUUAAACAGGUUGCGAGACUUUUUAAUUACAGACACUGGAAGAAAGUUCGCAGCUUUUACUGGAAUUAGGACCGAAUUUUAG